GCUAAGCCGGUUUCGGAUUUAGCCAUUGUCUGACGAAGCGCGAUCCAAGGACCUAAGUUGUCCACAACUGAACAGUCGCGUCUCAUGAAACUCCUUGUUUCACUUGACCUCCACUUGUGCUUUUGCGGGUGGGAUUGCGGGCCUUCUCGCAGACCCUUAUAACAGGCUAGAAGCGCCGUUUCAUCUUAUUCAUCUUAACGAACACCGGAUUUCCACUCUUUCUUGUUAUCUACAUGGCUAAUGUUUCCAGCGUUCCUCAUAAUUUCGGUAGUGAUGCAGAGGGGCGGACUCCUUGCACACCAGAUAAGGAGAGAAGAAUUUACUCAAAAUCGACCAAGGUUUGUCGCUACUACGCAACCGGACAUUGUCGACGUGGUUCAGCAUGCCGUUUUGUGCACCUACAGCCGGAGAGUGCGCCACAAGAGUAUGCUUACCCUAACGGACCUGAUGUACACACGAAAACACCACAUAAGGGGUGGGAUCAAAACGUCGGCCAUAGUCAUGGCUACACAGCGUACGCUGUAUACACGGUAGCCCCACAUGUGGCACCGCACGGUUUCGACGCGUCAAGAAACGCUUUUGACAAUUCUACGGAUCUCUCUUCGUCGAGUGACUCCGCCUCGUCUGACCAUAGUUUGAACACAGCGUUCAAUGUCAUGACCCUCAAAGAACCCGUCCCGUCAGAACGGUUCCCUUCUGCGUUCUCACAAUCGUUACCAAGGAUCCAGUACCCCAACAACACGGGCACAUACCACAGCAAUGUAGCCCCUGGUAACAAUAGAGGACACACUCCAAUUAGUUUGAAUGCUCGAGCUGCCACCCGUAGGAAAGCAGAGCAAGAAAUGGAGAAAACAAUUCAAUAUAAAACUAAGCCUUGCAAAUUUUUCUCACCACUCAAAAAUUGUGUUCAAGGCGAUAAAUGCAGGUUUAUUCACGACGUAGAGAAAUGUAAACGGGCAAAGCAAGCUGAUCAUCAGGCCCGUAGGACAGCGCCAUCUCACUUGCCUCCGAAACCACGUUCACUUAUGGAAGAGCUCAAGGCACGCGAUUACCAUCCUAUUCCAUGGCGAGUGAUUGGUGGUGGUGUGAUGAUGGGGCUACCUUGCAAGGCGUUCUUAGCGGGCUACUGCCCCGACGGCGUAGCUUGCAAGCUGGCUCAUGAUACUGAACUCAAGAUUUCUCCCAAUGAUGUUAUGCAACUUGAGCUUGAGACACAAACGUCGGAGGCGUCUUCGGCAGUGUCACCCUCUGGACAACCAUCGCUAGAUUCAAGUACUGAGUCACAGCGCAGGACAGUGUCCACCGACUGCUCUUUUUCAUCUCGUGUUAGACACACCGACGGAGGUACAUCUGACAGCACGAGGGAUGCAGAAAAAAAUCUGUCCGCCCCAAACGACGCUGCAUCCUCCAAACAUCGACGUACUAGAUCAAUGACUACGCCGACUUCGCCGUCAGUUUUCCAAAUUCCUCAUGUGAGUACUGUCUACACGCUUGACAACGCCAUCUAACUAACCUCGAAAGAUUUUUGCGGAGUUGUGAGUCUUGUGACUGCAAACUAUUGGGGAGGGGGGGUCGACUACUGCCUUCGCCGAUUCGAUUUUCUUAAACAUAUUAAUAUUGCUCUCUAAGUGGUCGGCUGGGGGGCUUGCACCUAGAUUUUGAGGGUUGAUGGAUCUGAGCUUGUAGCAUGUAUGUAUCAUUAA